AUGGCACACUUUCAAACAAAAGAGGAUGAUGCACUAAUUCUCUCUUGGAUUAUAGCAAGUAACGAUCCGAUUAGAGGAAAAGAUCAAAAAGGUUCACAACUUUGGAAGAGAAUUAUGCAAGAGUUCGUUAAAAGAUGGCCGCAAGGUAAGGAUAGGGAUAAAAAGUCAUUGCAAUCAAGGUGUAACACGUUGAGAGGCGAAGUGAGGAAAUAUGUUUCAUUAAUAAGACCUUACUUCCGCAAUAAACCUUCGGGAUUGAAUGAACAAGAUUAUUACCGCAUUGGAACACAAAAUUAUGAAGCAGCACGGGGUAAACGUUGGAUACAUGAAUCGGUUUUCCAGCUCUUGAAGACAUAUCAACCAGAUUACAAUCCAGAGAUGAAUAAUGAUGUUGGACCUAGUCAAGCAACUCAACCUAGUCAAGCAACUAAACCUAGUACUUCCGCUCCAGUAACUAUAGAUGAAGAUUUGGAGGAUAUGGCAAGAUUUGGUAGCUCAUCCACCCAAGGUUCUGAUACCUCAGACAUAUCACGUAGAAGACGCUAUUUCGAACAAACAGAUGAUGUUAGAAGUUCAGGAAGAGAUAAGGCAAAGAAAAAGGCUCGUGAGACUAAAGCAUCGGAGAGAGCAUAUGAUAAAAUGCAUAAGAUCAUACAACUUCUUGAAAGUGCACAAGCACAAAGGGUGGCAAAGUAUGAAACCGAAGAAGAGUUCCUUAAUAAAAAUAUGGAAAAAACUACAAUCUUGGCACAAACCCAACAAAGAGAAUCAGACUUGAAGAUCCUACGCCAAAAUUUGAAUGAAGUACAAGAAUGGGAGAUACCCCUUUACAAGAAAUGGAGGAACGAGAUUUUGGUUCGUAAUGGCUUAGAACCAAUCCCCUAA